CGACUCUGAGGAAUUUUGAGCGGUCUUAACCCGCGGGCUAGCCAUAGAAUGACCUUCAGAAUGGGGCAAGGUCCCAAAUCCAAGUUUGUUUAGCAUGUAGCGUCUAUGGUCAAUCUGUCAGAUAGGAAAGUGCCGAGUAAGCAACAGAAUACUGCCAACAAUAUCUUUGAGGAUGUCACUGUAUACAUCAGACAAUCCUGUGUUUGCCACUUUCAGCUUCUAUGCUGCAUUAAUGGGAGCGAAGACCCUGUUCAUGGCUUUCCUAACUGCCCGCCAAAGAUAUCGUAAGAUGGCAUUUGCCAACCCAGAAGAUGCAAAAUUAAACAAGGGUAAAACAAAAACUGAUGAUGAUGUAGAACGAGUUCGUCGAGCCCACCUCAAUGAUUUGGAGAAUAUCCUGCCUUUCCUUAGCCUUGCAUUUGUCUACGUUGGCACAGGGCCGACUUUGGGUUGUGCCAAAUUUUUAUUUCGCACAUUCGCCGCUGCAAGAUUCCUCCAUACGUUUGUCUACGCGGUUGUUGUCAUCCCACAGCCAGCUAGAGCUUUGGCAUUCUUUGGUGGAAUGGUUGUAAACCUUUACAUGGCUUAUGCCAUUUUGACGAGUUACGCAUCUGCCCUCUAAAUUGCUUCUCUUAAUUAUGUUGGUUGGUGCUCAGGAAUUGUGCCUCAAUAUAAACGAGAUUAUUUCCAAAUUCCAUACUAUUUUAUACUUCAGUAGUGGUCCAGUUAUAGAACCGCCUAGCUAUGGAACCAACUCGAUUAUCGAACCGAUUUUUCUUUGCCGAGUUUCGGCGCCAUCGUCGGCCGGUUUUUUAACUAGAUCUAUGUUUUGGUGGCAGGAAUAUACUACGUGUUAUGCAGUUUUAAAGGUGCAAAUAAAUAUUUCUACAAUUA